AAUACUUCAAAGCUUACAAAGAAAUGAUAUGGGAUGUCGCUUCUCGAGGACGAACGAUACAGAGCCUGAAAAUGAUCCCGAUUGUAUCGAUUUACCUACUGAAACCAUAAAUCAGCCAUUAUUGGACAGUACCGACCAUUAUUUUGUUUCCAAUUCUAAGACAAUAUCAAUGUUAGAUACGACAAAAGUAUUAAAUCGAGCUACAGUAUCUGUUGAUGAUGAUGAUAAUAAUGUCAAAGAAAUGAAAAUGAAAACUGCUACUAAUUGCAUUAAAAAUGCUUAUUUAAUGGCACAAUGGGAUAUGUCAUCAGUUCGUUCAACUUUUUGUAAUCGAAUUACAUUUAAACCAAGGAUGCCAUUAAAUCCAGAUGUUCAGGAAACAAAUACCGUUUAUGUUAACAAACCAAUAAAACAGAUUGAAAGCGCCAGUCAGGUUGAUUUUUUUCGAAUGCUCGAUGAAAAAAUUGCUCAAGGAUCUGAUGAUUUAAUCGAUUCUGAUGAUGAGAAAUGACACAUUUCUCCAUAAAUAAUCCUUUCAAAGGUGUGAAA